GGGGGGGUGUGGGCUGUGGGGCUGGGGACCGCGGAGGGCUGAGGGCUAUCGCGGCGGCGGUGGCGGCUGCGGGAUGGAGUUGAGCUCCCGGCUCCGUUAAAGAUUGGCAUCGGCUGCGGCGGCAGUCGAGGGAAGGAGGGAGCGGACCAUGAAGGGGGCUCUGGGCAGUCCGGUGGCCGCCGCCGCAGCCGCCACCUCCGUGAUGCAGGAGAGUUUCGGCUGCGCGGUUGCCAACCGCUUCCACCAGCUGCUGGACGACGAGUCGGACCCGUUCGACAUCCUGCGCGAGGCCGAGCGGCAGCGGCAGCGGCAGCAGCAGCAGCAGCGCAAGAAGCGCGACGAGGCGGCGGGGGCUGCGGGAGGAGGCGGCGGCGGCGGGGGCGGCGGCGGCGGGGGCGGGGGCCGGAGACCCGCCUCGGCCGGAGCUGCGGGCCUUAGACUGAGUGGCAGCAGCGGCGGCAUCGGCGGCGGCAUCGGCGGCGGCGGCGGCGGCGGCGGCGGCGGCGGCCGAAGGGAGUCCCAGAAAGACCGCAAGAUCUUCUCCUCCCCCUUCUCACAGCCAGACAGCUUUGGGGGAGGCCCGCAGCCGCCCGGUCAAAAGCGAGCUGCUAAAAGAGGGGAGCAGCAGGCAUGGAAUGAUAACCGGGGAACAGAUGUAAAACUGGACAAGACAGAACGAAGAACUUAUAGGGAAUAUCGACCCUAUGAAAUGGAGAGACAAGUGGAGUUUACAGUGGAAAAGUUUACAAUUGGAAAGCCAGUUGAAAGAUUUGAACGGGAAAGACCAAUUAGAGGCCGUGGAGGCAUAAGAGGUGGAAUGCGAAGCAGAGGAAGAAGUGGUGGAAUAAACAGAACUUUUGAUGGUUUUGACCAAAGGGGGAAGAGAGAAUUUGAAAAAUACAGUGGUGGAAAUGAUAAAACCAGUGAGUUGGAACAAACUGCUCCUAUGGAAGAGACUGCAGAAAUAGAAGAGCACCAAGGAGUACCUGAAGGAGAAUCUUUGACUAAAGUUGCUGAAGUUGGGGAACUAGUAGAAGAAUCUCAAGUUCAAGAAAUGACCUUAGAUGAAUGGAAAAACCUCCAAGAGCAAAAUCGACCAAAGCCUGAAUUCAACAUCCGGAAGCCUGAAUCCACUGUUCCUUCCAAAGCAGUGGUGAUUCACAAGUCAAAAUAUAGAGAUGAUAUGAUAAAGGAUGACUAUGAGGAUGACACCCAUGUUUUCAGAAAAGCAGCCAAUGACAUCACAUCCCAGUUGGAGAUUAAUUUUGGUAAUCUGCCUCGUCCUGGACGUGGAAGCAGAGGUGGUACACGAGGUCGAGGAAGAAUCAGGAGGGUGGAAGAAUCUGGAUCAAGACCAGAAGUUGUGACACAAAUCAUUGCUCCAAACCCAGAUGACCCUGAAGACUUUCCUGCUUUAGCUUGAAAGAGCCCUCGUUUAACAGCAUCAUAAAGUAGCUUUGGCACAGCUAUGGGAAAAAAAAAAAAAAGACUUUCCUUGCUAUGGGGAAGAGGGAUAGUCUGAAUCUAUGAAAACAAUAGAAGUUGCUUUUUUCCCCUUGUAGUGUGAACUUGUUGCACUUUUUGAUUUGGGAGUUUGAGGUAGGUGCAAUCCAGAGAUUCCUAGAGCAUGAGGUUCUGGGGUCAUUAAGAACCUUCUGCAAGAAGGUGAAGGGAUGAUGAUCAUUGUUAUACUCAAGGGAUUUCAAAUAAAGUUCAAGAAUGAUGUUU